UCCAUCCAUCAUCCAUCCAUCCAUCAUCCAUCCAUCCAUCAUCCAUCCAUCAUCCAUCCCAGCUCAGGAGAAGCCGAUUCCUGUUGGACAUUCCAGAUGAAGAUGGAAUCAAUCUCCAAGGAUGGAGAACUCUGGAAUUCUGCCGGGGCUGUUCUCACGGUCCCGUUCCUUGCAGAUCCCUUUCCCAGCCCCAGUGGAAGAACGUGGUUCUGUGGGAAUGAUCCGUGGCGGGCGGGAGAACGCAGGGAGGGGAUUUGGGAUUCUGCUCCCCAAAACCGUUUCCAUCCCCAAAGUCACUCCAGGAAUCCUCAAGAGCUCCUUCUGAGCGGGGACAAUGCCAGCUGUGCCCGUCUCCAGCUGAGACCUCGGCCUUUGGGAAUUCCAGAGCAGGAAUGUGCAUUCCGAAGGUGACAAUGUCCCCACAGCUGGCACAGGUGACAACGUCCCCCCAGCUGGUGCCACCUCUGUCCGUCCUCGUCCGUCGUGUCCUUGCAGGAUGGGAAAGCAGCAGGAGCAGAGCACAGCUGGGAACUGUUCCAGAUGUCCCCAGCUGGGCACGGCCACCAUGUCCUUCCCUGGCAGUGCCACGUGCAGGGCCACACCCCGGGGCAAUGCCAGGUGUCACCAUGCCACUUCAGAAGUGCCACAUCCAGGGACACGUCCUUGGGCGCUGCCAAGUGCCAUCACACUCCAGAAGUGCCACAUCCCGGGGCACUGCCAGGUGCCACCGCGUCCUGUCUCCAGAAGUGCCACAUCCCGGGGCACUGCCAGGUGCCACCGCGUCCUUCCCCAGCAGUGCCACAUCCAGGGUCAUGUCCUCAGGCACUGCCAGGUGCCACCACUCUCCAGAAGUGCCACAUCAAGAGUUACUGCUAAGUGCCACCACGUCCUUCCCCAGCAGCACCAUAUCCAGGGUCACAUCCUUGGACACCUCCAGGUGCCACCAUGUCCCUUCUCCAGAAGUGCCACAUCCUGGGGCACCUGCCAAGUGCCACCACACCCUUCCCCAGCAGUGCCACAUUCAGGGUCACGUCCUUGGACACCUCCAGGUGCCACCAUGUCCCUUCUCCAGAAGUGCCACAUCCAGUGCUGGUUUUUGGAACACUGCCAGGUGCCACCACUCUGCAGAAGUGCCAAAUCCAGGGUUACUUCCAAGUGCCACCAUGUCCUUCUCCAGCAGUGCCACAUCCAGGGUCACAUCCUGGGACACUUCCAGGUGCCACCACUUCUCUUCUCCAGAAGUGCCACACCCAGUGCUGGCUCUUGGGCACUGCCAGGUGCCACCACGUCCUCCCCCAAGGAUCUGGGGUGUCUCUGGUGCCUCGGGGGCUCCCCACGCUCCCGGCAGGACCCGCUGGAAUUGGCUCUGGCACAGGUGACGCCACCGCGGCUCCUGGUGGCCCCUGGUGGCCCCUGGUGGCCCCGGGGCUGCCUCACGGUGCUGGGGCUCCCGGAGCUGCUCCCAGGGCAGGAGUUGGCUGCGGGCUCGGGGCCGGGGGGGCUCUCUUAGCCCUUGUCCUGCGCCAGGGGAGCGCCCUUGUCA